GUCAGCUGAGGGGGUUGUGAUAAUUUGCACACACAUCCCUGUCAUUGUUCUGCCUGAAGAGACGGGGCUGGGUUCAAGGCCACAUGUGCUCCUGUCAUCAUUCACAUUUCUGCUCCAAGUGCAAUACAGAGUGUCAGUUCUCCAUCUGUCUUUGCCUGGCAAAUGCACGCGCCCAGCAUCCUGCCUCCAGCUACUCUGCCAGAGCCAGUUAGGAUGGCCCUCCGUGCUUCUCUGUGCUCAUUCCAGAACAGGAGGCGCUGAGUCCCAAAUAAGCUUGCUUUUAGGAGAAAGCCUUUUGCAGUGGGUCUGUUUUAUUCAAGAUGCCUGAUCGCAUUGAGAAGCAUACCACAAUGCCAGACUCACCUGUGGAUGUGAAGACGCAAUCCAGGCUGACGCCCCCAACAAUGCCACCUCCUCCCACUACCCAAGGAGCCCCAAGAACCAGUUCUUUCACACCCACAACGUUAACCAAUGGCACAAGCCAUUCACCAACAGCAUUGAAUGGGGCUCCUUCCCCACCUAACGGCUUUAGUAAUGGUCCAUCAUCGUCCUCGUCAUCGUCUUUGGCUAAUCAGCAAUUACCACCAGCUUGUGGAGCUAGGCAGCUUAGCAAACUGAAGAGAUUUCUUACAACCUUACAGCAGUUUGGCAAUGACAUUUCACCAGAGAUUGGGGAGAGAGUGCGUACCCUCGUGCUAGGACUUGUGAACUCUACUUUGACAAUUGAAGAAUUUCAUUCCAAACUGCAAGAAGCUACUAACUUCCCACUGCGACCUUUUGUCAUCCCAUUUUUGAAGGCCAAUCUGCCCCUGCUACAGCGGGAGCUCCUGCACUGUGCAAGGCUGGCCAAGCAGAACCCCGCCCAGUACCUCGCUCAGCAUGAGCAGCUGCUUCUGGAUGCCAGCACCACCUCACCUGUUGACUCCUCAGAGCUGCUUCUCGAUGUGAACGAAAACGGGAAGAGGCGAACUCCAGACAGAACCAAAGAAAAUGGCUUUGACAGAGAGCCUUUGCACUCAGAGCAUCCAAGCAAGCGGCCGUGCACUAUUAGCCCAGGCCAGCGGUACAGUCCAAAUAAUGGCUUGUCUUACCAGCCCAAUGGUCUGCCUCACCCCACUCCGCCUCCACCUCAACACUACCGUUUGGAUGAUAUGGCCAUUGCCCACCACUACAGGGACUCAUAUAGACACCCCAACCACAGGGACCUCAGGGACAGAAACAGACCUAUGGGGUUGCAUGGCACACGCCAAGAAGAAAUGAUUGAUCAUAGGCUAACAGACAGAGAAUGGGCAGAAGAAUGGAAACACCUUGACCAUCUCUUAAACUGCAUCAUGGACAUGGUGGAAAAAACAAGGCGAUCUCUCACUGUGCUACGGCGAUGUCAGGAAGCUGACCGGGAGGAACUUAAUUACUGGAUACGGCGCUACAGUGAUGCGGAGGAUUUAAAAAAAGGCAGUGGUAGCAAUCAUUCCAGGCAGCAGAGUCCGGUGAAUCCAGAUCCCGUCCCUUUAGACUCACAUCGGGAAUUCCUUCACAGGCCUGCUUCUGGAUAUGUGCCAGAAGAGAUCUGGAAGAAAGCUGAGGAAGCAGUCAAUGAAGUAAAACGUCAAGCAAUGACCGAGUUGCAGAAGGCAGUGUCAGAGGCAGAACGGAAGGCCCAUGAUAUGAUUACUACAGAGAGAGCUAAAAUGGAGCGCACGGUGGCCGAGGCCAAGCGACAGGCUGCAGAGGAUGCACUAUCUGUGAUCAAUCAGCAAGAGGACUCUAGUGAGAGUUGCUGGAACUGUGGCCGGAAAGCUAGCGAAACCUGCAGCGGUUGCAACACGGCGCGAUACUGUGGCUCAUUUUGUCAACAUAAGGACUGGGAGAAACAUCACCACAUCUGUGGACAGACGCUUCAGGCCCAGCAGCAAGGAGAGACACCAGCAGUCAGUUCCUCUGCGACACCUAACAGUGGAGCUGGGAGCCCUAUUGACACACCACCAGCAGCUACUCCUAGGUCAAACACUCCUGGAACGCCAUCCACCAUAGAAACAACUCCUCGCUAAGACUGAACACAGAACUACUUAAAACAAAAUACAAAACAAAAUUCCUCAUCCUCAGAUGCUCAAAUUUUUUUACUGAACUGUCAUAUUUCAAUACUACAAAAGAACUUAUACUGUAUCUUGUGGUAGAAGUAAAAUACAGAAGGCCAGUAACGGGUCAUAAUGACUUCUUCUGGAUAACAAAGAUAUCUUUUCUUUAGGAAACUGAGAAGAACAGAUGAUUUAACACACAUACACACAUAAACAAAAUGAUAGAUUUGACCUCCUCCCUGUUAUUUUCCAGUAGCUGGGAUUUUAAACUAGAUGACCUCAUUAACAGAUGCUUUACCAAACAGCAAACCAAGAGAUUGCUAAUUGCUGUUGAAAGCAAAAAUGCUAAUAAUAUAAAGUCACAAUGUUCUUUAUAACAAUAAUGGAAUUUUUUUUUAAUGCGAGAGAGAGAGAGAGAGAGAAAGAAAGAAAGAAAGAAAAACCCCUCAAGGGCAUGAGCAUUGGAUAAAGCAGCAGACAUUUUAAUAAGAAGUUGAAUAACGUCCGUGGGUUACUGACUGAACUCUGAAGACCCGCAUCAAAAACACGCAGAUGUGCAGCAGAUUGGAAGGAGACACAGAUGUUCAUUUUUUUUCUUGUUUCUGAAUGAAAUAAUAAUAUCCAGGUCAACAGAAUGAAAAAUGGAAGAUGAUUUGCAGUGGGAUAUAAGGACUUUAACAGCAGCAAAGGGAAAAAUUGCCAUCGUACAAACGGCUCCUCUUCUUUUCCAUUCUUUGUUUUGGUUUUGGGGUUUUUUGUGGGUCAUCCCCCCCUUUUUAGUACCGAAUUAAGGACACAGCCUGCAGUGAAUUGGUAUUUUGGCAGCUACAGUGUGAACCAGCUGCCUCUACCCCUUCCCCCACCCAAGAAAAAAGAUUCUUUUUUUUUUUUUACAAAGUUCCACAAAGUGAGACAAUCGGGUCUUUUCCACCUCAUUCAUUUUUGUAUCAACGGUAAAAUAAUAACAUGGUGACUCCAGCUCCAGAAUCCUUCCAAAUUCUUUCCAUACCAUCCUGUCUGGGUUUUUAAUUAAAAAUAUAUAUAUAUUUAAAAUGGGGAAAAAAUCUAGUAGUUCUCUUGGUGUUAAAACACUUCUGUCCUGUGAGGUUUCCCAAUGGUGUUUUUUCUUGUAAAUGUGUUGGGACAAAUGUGGAAAUGCAUUGUAGUUAACCAUGCUCACAUUUAGUCUUCUUUAUUACUAGUAGGUGAGAAACCAGUAACUUUCUAUGCUGCUUUUAUAUCUGUCUGUAGUAGUGAUAUUUCUCUAGUAGUUCAAAAGAGAAAAGGAAAUUUCCCCCCUCUUUUUUUCGUUUGUCCUGAAGAAAAGAAAAGGAAAAAAAAAAAGCUAUCUUUUCGGAGCUGCUAUUUCACUCUGUUAUAGGGAAAAAAAUUUCUGAAAACUAGCAUGCUUCCCGGAAUGCUAACAUAUUGGUGUUUUUGUAAGAGGGAUGUACAUAAAUGUAUUUUGCACUGUCACAAUGACUCCCUAGGCAUGCUUUUUUUGGGGCAAACUCUUUUUAAAGAUGCUAGAGCCAUUUCACCGACUUUUAUCUGUAGGAUAGAAUAGUGGUGGGUUAUUUUUAUUUUUUAUUUUUUCCCUUUUUUUCUUUUUGCAAAAUUCACUAAGAGGGAUGUUUUUUAUUAAAAAAAUAAAACUAAAAAAUAAAACAGGCUAUCAUACUUUUUUAAAAGCAGUGCAUGCAUGUCACUGUAAGGUCGUUAGGUAUUUCUGAUUUUACAAAAGAGAAAUAAUGAUGAUGAUGAUGAUGAUGAUGAUGAGAACUCCAAAUGCUGAGGUGUAGAUUGACAGCUUUAACACUGCUGAAUGCCAGGUUAUAUUACAGUAUUAUCACACACACACACACACACACACACACACACACACAAAGAAAGUCAGCCAAAGACUGAUCUGAUGGACCAAAACCUGAAUUCUGAAAGCACCAUUACUAUUUUCCAAAUGAUCAGCAGGUUAAACAUGUCCAGCAAAGGCAUUGUGUACACUCAUUUAACCCUUCCUUGUCCAGAGUCCAGGCCAGAAAUACAUGUUAAUUGUAAACAGCCCCAAAGAUGGUUAUGUGCUUUUCUUCCAAGUAAGCAUAACGAUACCUAUGAACACCACUUCAUGAGACAUUUCUAAAUGAUUUUUAUUCUGAGCACUCUCCAAGAAAACAAAAGGUCAGCUUGGGGCAAUUUGACUAAAAUUGGAUUAAUGUGUUUGGAUAUGGAGAGACCCAUGCACACCAUUGAUGCUCACUGGGUGGCGGUGGAGAAGCCACGUCUCUCAGCUUAACCUGCCACACAGGAUUGUUGUGAAGCUCAUCUAUUUUUGUACUGCGCCUGGUUAUGUUUAGGUGCUUUUAACAAAUCAUAGAUACUUCUAUUAUUAAAAAUUUCCUCUGAGCUUCUUGGGAGGAAGGGCAGAAGACAAAUGCAAGUCCUGCUAAUACUUUUUACCCUUUAUAAAUAUAAGCAAGGGUUAGCAAA